UUUUUUUUUUUUUUUUUUUUUAGAAACCUCUCUUCUUCUCCUAAGUCUCGCUCUGUCUCUCUCUCUGCAACGAUGGAGUUUUGGGGUGUUGAAGUAAAAAGUGGAGAAUCUCUCAAGGUUGAUCCAGGAGACGACAAGAUUGUCCACCUUUCAAUGGCAUGUCUGGGUGAGGUCAAUGUGCGUGAACCAGUGUCCCUGUAUGUGAAGUUUGAUAACCAGAAGCUUGCAAUUGGCACACUUUCUUCUCAUCAAUUUCCUCAGAUAUCUUAUGAUUUGAUAUUUGAGAAGGAAUUUGAGCUAUCCCACAACUGGAAAAAUGGGAGUGUCUUCUUUACUGGAUAUAAAGCCGAAUCUCAGUUGGAAUCUGAUAAUGAUGAAGAUUCUGAUGAUUUCGAUGGUGAGGAUUUUCCACUUAGUGCUGCCAAUGGGAGACCUGAGUUUGAGCUGAAGAAUGGUGUCAAACCUGAUGCAAAUGAAGCUAAACAAAAGGAGAAGAUAGCGGAUCCCAGAAAGAAUGAGAAGGCCAAUGAAAAGGAUGCAAAUGAUGAUGAUGAAGAAGAAGAUUCGUCCAGAUCUGAGUCUGAUGAGGAUUCUAGUGAAGAUGAGCCCAUGGCGAAUGGUGAGCAAGAAAGUAGUGAAGAUGAAGAUGAUAGUGACAAUGACGAAGAAUCCGAUGAUGAGGAGACUCCGAAGAAGGCUGAAGUGAGCAAUAAGAGGGUUCUUGACUCUUCCAAGAAAACACCUGUUCCUGUGAAGAAGGCAAAAUUUGUUACUCCUCAGAAGACUGAUGGCAAGAAUGGAGGUCAUGUUGCAACUCCUCACCCUUCUAAGCAAGCUGGUAAGGCAACUGCAAAUAACAGAGAGCCGGUGAAGCUGCAGACUCCCAAGUCAGUUGGGGAUUACAGCUGCAAGCCUUGCAACAGGUCAUUUAAGACAGAAGAUGCCUUAAAUUCUCAUAAUCGGGCCAAGCACACUGCUGCUAAGUGAAGGGUUCGGUAACUUUUAUGUGAGCAGUGAACAUCAUGUUGUUUUUGGAUUUUGGAUGACAGUGAGAAAACAAUUUAGUUGAUGUAGGAAAUCUGGUCUAGUGAUUUGUUGUUAAGAGAAUUAUUCAGCUUGGAUUUUCAAUAGCGGAACUCUGCUUGUAAUUUAUGGGGUUUGUGGCUAUAUUUUCCUCUCGUUACUGGUAUUUGUGUUGUUUGCUGAGCAUACCUUGAUCUUAAGUCGACCAGCUCUGAACCGAACUCUUGCUUUAGGGUGUGUUUGGUUGGAGGAUUUUGAUGAGAUAGAUAGGCAAAUGAGA